GUUUUGACAGGUCUUGUUGCUAACCACACACGCUUUCCUAGUAACCCGCCUAACAAGGGGAGCAGAAAGAAACUUCACGUUAUUCCGGGAACUCAGGGAAAACUGUCAGAGAAGCACACAAGAAAGCUCCAAAAUGAAGCCAAGAUGAAGAUACUGGAAUGGAAAGUCACAGAUAUGACAGGAUUCAGCCACAACGUCAGCCUCCUCCGAAGUAGGAGCAAGACAGAGUGGAGGCCUGAAGUUUGAUGUGCUGACGUCACUGGUGGUUCCCGGGUCCAGAUGUCCCAGAUGGGCACAUGGAUUUGCUACAGGACUAGAGAGGCUGAGAUCACACACUACAACACAGCUUCCCUAGGAUGUACAAAGACUACAGAUCAAGCAGAGUCGCAGGACUCAACACUCUGCCCUUUGACCCAGCGACCAACAACGAGCCUCUCCAGUUCAACAGUUCCAGUGGGCCACUGGUGUCAGAGUGUCCUCCCCUGGACAACGCUGCUGAAAACAGCAAGAAGAGGAAGAGAGCCAGUCUCCCUCCAGAAGGGAUCCGUAACAUGACCAUGGACUCCAACUCCAUGACGAUGCCCAUAUCAGACCCCAACGCCUGGGCAACAGCCAUGAACAACCUGGGGAUGCCUCCCAUGAGCAUGACCGGACAGCCACUCCUACCAGAUUUCGACCCAAACCUUGGCAUGAUGACUGGCAUUGCCCCCAUGAACCCCAUGAUGCCUGGCCUGGGCAUGGUGCCCCCGCCCCUCUCCCAGGAUGUGCCCAUUGUCAAGGAGAUCAUCCACUGCAAGAGCUGCACCCUGUUCCCCCCCAACCCUAACCUUCCUCCUCCAGCCACUAGAGAGCGCCCUCCUGGCUGUAAGACAGUGUUUGUCGGCGGCCUACCUGAGAACGCCACCGAGCAGCUCAUCAUGGAGGUGUUUGGACAGUGUGGUGACAUUAUCGCCAUCCGCAAGAGCAAGAAGAACUUCUGCCACAUCCGAUUCGCCGAGGAGUUCACGGUGGACAAGGCUCUCUUCCUGUCUGGCUACCGCAUCCGUCUGGGCUCCAGCACAGACAAGAAGGACACCGGUCGUCUUCACGUGGACUUUGCCCAGGCCAGAGACGACCUCUAUGAGUGGGAGUGUCGCCAGCGCAUGUUGGCCCGAGAGGAGAGACACCGGCGUAAGAUGGAGGAGGAUCGCCUCCGGCCGCCCUCCCCUCCCCCCAUCGUCCACUAUUCUGAGCACGAGUGCAGCCAGCUGGGAGACAAGAUCAAAGAUGACAGUAAGUUUCCUGAGGCAGUGCGCGUGCUAUUGACCUGGGUGGAACGAGGCGAAGUCAACCGCAGGAACGCCAACAACUUCUACUCCAUGAUCCAGUCCUCCAACAGCCACAUCCGCCGGCUGAUGAGCGAGAAGUCUCAACAUGAGAAGGAGAUGGAGGAGGCCAAAGACAAGUUCAAGACCGCUCUGGCUGGCAUACUGGCUCAAUUUGAACAGAUUGUGUCUGUAUUCCAAGCUGCUUCCAAACAAAAGGCAUGGGACCAUUUCUCCAAAGCUCAGCGCAAGAACCUGGACAUGUGGCGCAAACAAGCAGAGGAGAUAAGAAACAUGCACAAUGAGCAGCUGAUGGGCAUCAGACGAGAGGAGGAGAUGGAGAUGUCUGACGAUGACAUGGAGGACGCCCCUGUCACCGACAGCAAGGACUCCGAGGACUCAGGUUUGUCCCAAGCAGAAGCCUUAAAAGAGGAGAAUGACUCCCUGCGCUGCCAGCUGGACGCCUACAGGAACGAAGUGGAGCUGCUGAAACAGGAACAGGGCAAAAACCAGCCAAUCAGGAGCGAGGAGGACAACACACACUCUCAGCAGCUCAGCUUCCUGCAGCAGGCUCUGCAGGGCAUGCAGAAGCAACUGUUGAAAAUGAGGGAGGAGUUGAAGCAGCGUGAGGCCGAGCUGGAGAAGAGCAUGGAGGACAAACAGCAGCUGAAAAGCCAAGUCCAGAGCCUCAAGGAAGGACUGCAGAACCUGCAAAACACACACUCUCUACAGCUGGAGACGUCAAAGCGAGAUGACAGAGGCAGCGAGGAGAGCGCUAAUCAGGCCAGUGAGGCCCCAGCAUCAUCAGUGGUGUCCUGCAGUCAGGAGAAAGAGGGCCUUCCAGAGAAGAAUCCUGCCAGUCCCAUCCACUCCGAGAGGGAAGCCCUGCUAGUUGGGAUCAUUUCAACAUUCCUCCACGUCCACCCGUUCGGAGCCAGCAUUGAGUACAUCUGUUCCUACCUGCAGCGUUUGGACACCAAGAUUAACCCUGGUGAGGUGGAGGCCCUGUUGUCUCGGCUGCCUUGCACCUUCAGACAGGAGCUGACAGGGGUGGGAGCCAGUCUGGAAAAACGCUGGAACUUCUGUGGCUUCCAGGGCAUCAAGAGCACAUAGACUGAGCAUGACUGACGCUGCGGGGACACAGAGGAGACUGCAGGCACACAGGACACCACAGGGACAUGGAGGACACUGUAGAGAUGUGGAGGAAGCAGAACAAAGCCUACAACUACCGGAGAACGUGGACUCUACUCGACCAAUGUGAGGAUGCAGAGGAUUCAUCACGGAUCUCAGAUCAGGGAGGAGUGUUACAUGAACAUUUCAGGGAGUCUGUGUGGGUGGCAGAGAGGUAAAUACACAGUAUCUCCAUGGUUAUGGAAAUGUUGACACAUCGCCAUGGUGAUGGAGACUUCAUAAACUUGAGCACUCAUUUUCCCUGUCUCUGCAAAAUAUUUUUAGACAUAAUGACUCUCUGGGAGUCACCAAGGAGCACCAAUUCUUACAGUCACUGGAUUGUUAUUUGUUAUCCCACAUGGGCGGGAUUGUACUUUCUGAGAGCCUGUAAUUGGCUCAGAAUGCUGUCAGUGUUGGCCGGGACUACAGGGCUACCCAGGGAGGUAAUCAGGGUCUGACUGAACACUUUGAACCUCCUCACCCUCUGGCCUCCCUCUCUUCUCUUUUUGCUGUUCCCGGUUUGUAACAUAGAUCAAAAUGGAUAUAUUUCUUCAUUUUCUGUAAAGGCUGUUAGAAUCAUUUGUUGUAAUACAUUGUAAAUGCUUGGAUGAUAUUUUUGAUUAUUAAAAAAACGUUCAAAGAA